UUCGCUGUCCAAUCAGGUGUCGGCUCUGUUAACUUAAUGCUGGAGCGACAUUACAACUUCCCUCUUGAGUUGGCCCAGUUGGUUUCAUCGUGACGUGUAACCCCGGGUACUGAAUAGUUUGUAAAAAUGAAGUUUGCUUGUUUGGUUUAGGGCAAAAUGAAGUGAAUUUCGGGAUAGGAGACAGUCUUACAGCUCGUGUUGGGUCGCUUCCGGUAGCAAUAAUGCCUGUGUUGUUGGGAAGAGGAGAUGGAGGAGCUAACAGAAGUCUGCUGUUUCCGCUCGCCGCCGUGUUGCUGCUGUCGGUCGGAGUUGCUGCCAUUCAGGAGGAGCAGAAAGCAGUGCAGGAAGAGCCGCAAAAGGAGAAAGCCACUAGUCCCCAUCCAGUGGGGCCUAUUGUUACUGAGAAUGGCUCCAUCAAAGGAAACCUGGGUUUCAUCCACGCCUUCGUGGCCUCUUUCUCCGUUAUCAUCGUCUCAGAGUUGGGAGACAAGACGUUUUUCAUCGCAGCCAUCAUGGCCAUGCGUUACAACCGCCUCACCGUGCUUGCAGGGGCAAUGCUGGCUCUGGGGGUUAUGACUUGUCUGUCAGUGUUGUUUGGCUAUGCCACCACAAUCAUCCCUCGAAUCUACACCUACUACGUGUCCACUGCACUGUUUGCCAUCUUUGGGGUGCGCAUGUUGAGAGAGGGCCUGAAAAUGAGUCCAGAUGAAGGGCAGGAAGAGCUUGAGGAGGUGCAAGCAGAGAUCAAGAAGAAAGACGAGGAACUCCAGCGCUCCAAGCUGGCUAAUGGCGCUCCGGACGUGGAGGCGGGAACAGGAACCACCCUACCUCAGUCGAAGUGGCACAGAUUUAUCUCACCGAUCUUCAUCCAAGCUUUCACCCUCACCUUCCUGGCAGAGUGGGGGGACCGCUCACAGCUGGCCACCAUCAUUCUAGCUGCCAGAGAGGAUCCAUUUGGAGUUGCAGUAGGUGGGACAAUCGGCCACUGUUUGUGUACAGGACUGGCUGUGCUUGGAGGGCGAAUGAUUGCUCAGAAGAUUUCUGUGAGGACAGUUACCAUCAUCGGAGGGAUUGUAUUUCUGGCGUUCGCCUUGUCUGCCCUUUUCAUCAAGCCAGAAUCUGGAUUGUAAUUGGUGGACAAAAAGGAAACUGUUCAUUCUGUAAAUACGUGUAAGAUAUGGACAACUCGCUGGAAAGAGACUUUAAUUCAGAUUCAGUAUUUGGAGUCUAUUUCUCAGUCCCAGCAGCUUUUCGUCCAUGUUGACUUUUGAGGUUAUUUCCGCCGUAGACGUCCAAGAAUCAUUUAACGGUAGAAAAGCAGACUUUCUAAUAAAAACAGAAAACGUCUGUCUUAGCACCUCGUACAGCCUGCUUUUCCUAGAAAAGCAUUUGUUCCGCUUCUGUUCGUGACUCGGGUGAAUUAGGAAACUAGGAGUGCGUUCCUCCACAAAUUCAAACACGUACACAUCACGGCGACGGGAAGAGCAGCUACUCGUUCUCAGCGAGACGUUCUACCUUUCAUCAAAGAGCUUCGGAUUAAUCUUGGAACAGGAACCCCCCCAUUUUAACGUUUUAUUUGGUGCAACAGAAUCAUUGAGUUACUGCGGCUGCAGCCUGAAGAGGAACUGUAGUCGCUCGCUCUUAAGAGCUUCAUUCACGUCUGAAGGAGUGUUGAAGAAACCCUACACUCGACCUGAUAGCAGACCUCUUUACACAAAGUUAAACUGAACCUGACAUGCAGUCCUUUUCUCCACUUUGCAGGCUCAUUGUUGGCACUUAACAGCUUUCAGUUUGCAUGGUACAGUACUGACCUAGUCGACCUCCUUAACUCUGAUCAGUAAAAAUAAAAAGUCGUGGAGUAUCGAGGUCAGUGGUUCUCAUCUAGAUAUCAAAGCUUUACUGUACCAUGCAAAAAAAAAAACAUUGGAGAAAUAGUUUGGUUGCUUUUAAAUGUUUAUUUUUUAUUUUUUUGUUCCAACUUGUUCUCUUAUUUUUGAUUUGUUUUUUCUCUCUCUAUGUUUUACACCACAAUACAGUCAGUAUUUUUCCAAUGUACUGCAGAGAGAGACCGACCCAAACCACUUCAAUACCUCUAUCAUCUAAGCACAGUUUAUGUACGGUUUUUACAUGUUUGGUUUUAUUUCUGAACAAACAAAAAAGCUUCACUGUUUCUUAAGAUACAUUUUUUUCUGAACAGUUCAGUGGAGAUGAACAGAAUGAGUUGUUUAUGCUGAAGAAUGGCCAGUCGGCAUUUAUUGUGUCAUGAGGUCCGUGUAACGGAGGAGAAACACAAACUCAUCAGGUAAAGAAUCAGCGACUCACUACAUCUUAGACACCUACAAAUCAUAUGAAGCUCAACAUUGAGGUGUUGCUUCAUCAACACCAUGUAGUUUUACCCCUUUUUAUUUAAAGUUGUGUAUUUAUUUAGCUUCAUUUACUUUAGUUGUGUACACAAGGUGGGAGAAAUUUCUGUAUGUGGGGUGUGAUGCUUUUUUUUUUUUUUUUUUUUUGGUUUAACUGAAUGGGUUUAAGUUGUGCUGUCAAUAUUAGACAGGCUUUGACCCAGCUGUGAAAUACUUCAGUUUGAUUUGAUGAAAUGUCUAUAAACUUAGGAUUAAUAAUAAAAAAAGAAA